AUGGUUCGUCUGCCUCUGAAGUGUCUCCUCUGGGGCUGCUUUUUGACCGCCGUCCACCCAGAACCACCCACUUCAUGCAAAGAAAACCAAUACCCAACAAACAGCCGGUGCUGUAAUUUGUGCCCGCCAGGACAGAAACUGGUGAACCACUGCACAGAGGUCACUGAAACAGAAUGCCUUCCUUGCAGUUCCAGCGAAUUCCUAGCCACCUGGAAUAGAGAGAAACACUGUCAUCAGCACAAAUACUGCGACCCCAACCUAGGUCUCCAGGUCCAGAGGGAGGGCACCUCGAAAACAGACACCACUUGUGUGUGCAGUGAAGGCCAUCACUGUACCAACAGCGCCUGUGAAAGUUGCACCUUGCACAGCUUGUGCUUCCCUGGCCUCGGGGUCAAGCAGAUGGCGACAGAGGUUUCUGACACUAUCUGUGAACCCUGCCCAGUUGGCUUCUUCUCCAAUGUAUCAUCUGCUUCAGAAAAGUGUCAGCCUUGGACAAGCUGCGAGAGCAAAGGCCUGGUGGAACAACGUGCGGGGACUAACAAGACCGAUGUUGUCUGUGGUUUCCAGAGUCGGAUGAGAGCCCUGGUGGUUAUCCCCAUCACGCUGGGGAUCCUGUUUGCCGUCCUGUUGGUAUUUCUCUGUAUCAGAAAGGUGACCAAGGAGCAGGAGACUAAGGCCCUGCACCCUAAGACUGAAAGGCAGGAUCCCGUGGAGACGAUUGAUCUGGAGGAUUUUCCCGACUCCACCGCUCCGGUGCAGGAGACCUUACAUUGGUGCCAGCCCGUCACCCAGGAGGAUGGCAAAGAGAGCCGCAUCUCCGUGCAGGAGCGAGAGUGAGGCUGUGCGUGGCCAGGAGCGUGGAGGCACGGGCACAGGGGCAUGUGACUGGAGAGCCCGGGGCGGCUGCUGCUGCUGUGGCGGUGGUGAGAGGGUGGUGCUGGGCACAGCCCCCUCUGCCUGCACCCCUGCAGUCCAGAUACAGUCCACCUCGAGGAGCUUCUCACCCCAGCCCUGGAGCCCAUUCAAUCUCAGUUUGCUUUUAAAGAUGGAGACAAAACUUUGGGGAGUCACAGCCACAGUAAUAACCACCAGAGCUUCCAACCCAGAGGUUCAGUACCUGCAGAUGCAAGGGAUGGCGUCUAGGAGCCCAGGAGGCAUAUACAUGACUGUCCACCACUGCAUUGUUCGUGACAGUGAGUGACUGGAAACUGCUUAACUGUCCAUCAACAGGGGACUGGCUAAAUAAAAUUGUAACAUGUUUAUGCAA